CGGUGAGGGGCGGGCUCGAGGCGCUGGGGCUCACGUUGCUCCCCUGGGCUUAAGUGUGACCUGGGGCCUGCUGACGCGGUAAAGCAGACAGGAGGACUGGAUCCUGUGUUUGCUGGCCGUUGCAUGUCACUGCUGCCUACUGGAUUUUAGAUACAUUGUGUAGUCAUCAUGGUAUGUUGUUGAAAGCCAAAGUGUAAGGGAGAACUUUUCAAAGACGGCAUGACUCACUGAGCGGUGAGAAGAUCACAAAGUGUACAGGCAUCUGUGUUCACAAGACUAUUUUAAACUGACAGUUAACUUUUCAGUCAAAGUUGCCUUUACAAAGUGUUAUGACCAGGGAAGAGGGUUACAGAGAAGAAUUUAGCUAUGACAGGAUGCCAACUUUGGAGCGGGGAAAGCAAGAGAAUGGAAAUUACAUACCGGAUAUCAAAUCCAGUGACCUUCAGCUAUCAAAGAGGCUGCACCCUUGCUUUAUUUACAGAACGUGGAUCUUUUCCUUGAUGAUGGGUACUUGCCUCCUCAUUACUUCUGGGUUUUCACUGUAUCUGGGAAAUAUUUUUCCAUCUGAAAUGGAUUAUUUACGUUGCGCAGCAGGUUCAUGUAUUCCUUCAGCAGUUGUGAGCUUUGCUAUAGCAAGAAAUAAAAUUAAUGUGAUACCCAAUUUUCAGAUUCUGUUUGUCUCUACAUUUGCGGUUACAACAACAUGUUUAAUUUGGUUUGGAUGCAAACUUGUCCUGAAUCCAUCAGCUAUAAAUAUAAAUUUCAACUUGAUUCUACUUAUUCUGCUGGAAAUCUUCAUGGCAACUACUGUGAUCAUUUCAGCUAGAUCUACUGAAGACUGCUGUAUGAGAAAGAAAAAUACCACAUAUGACAGUACCAUUGUUUUGAGUAACGUCAGCUUUCCUACUCGAAUUCUGAAGUCAUACUCAGUAAUUGAGGUGAUUAUUGGAAUUUCAUCAGUAUUUGGUGGCAUAAUUGCUUUAAAUAUGGAUGUUCUAGUCUCAGGCCCAUAUCUUUCAGUAACAUUUUUUUGGAUCUUAGUUGCUUGCUUUCCUAGUGCUAUUGCAAGUCAUGUGGCUGCUGAAUAUCCAAGUAAAUGUCUGGUUGAGGUCCUGAUUGCCAUUAGCAGUGUCACAUCUCCAUUGUUGUUCACUGCUUCUGGAUACUUAUCCUUCAGUAUCAUGCAAGUUGUUGACAUCUUUAAAAAUUAUCCGCCUGCUGUUAAAUCUUAUGACGUACUACUGUUGCUUCUGAUGUUGAUGCUGCUAAUUCAGGCAUGCCUUACUAUUGGAACUGUAAUACAGUGUGUAAAUUACAAGACAAAAAUGAAACUGCAGGAUUCGUCCUGGACAGAGUCACAGGUUAAAAAACAGGAGUACAGAACAACAGAGGUUUCCAAUAAUACCUUAAAGGAUUUUGACAAAGACAAAGCCUGGAAAGCAGUUGUGGUGCAGAUGGCUCAGUAGUUUGGAUUCUGCAAAUACAGCCACUACAGUACAAUCCAAGUAAAUCUACUGUUUGAAUUAAGGCUUAAAAACUUUUCAGUUUAUAAACAGCAACAUAGUUACAGCAGUAGGAGCCAAUGAAUAACACAAUAAAUAUUGCCUUUCUAAUCAUUUUGAAAUAUGUUGAUAACAUUUUUAACAAAUCUGUCUUUUCUGUUGGUAUCUGCAUCUUAGUCUUCCUUUCAAAGAUACCACUGGGAAAAAAAAAAGUAACAACUCACGUGCUGAUAGUGAAAUAAAAUAUGACAAUAUGCAGUAGGCUUCGUGUGUUUGCAAGAGAUUGUAAUAACUGCAGUUAUGCAGUCAGUGUAACUGAUAAAUGCUUUUGUAAAGUUAUGGAUACAAAUUAUAAAUGUUAUUUCUGCUUAUACUUCACUUUUGUAGGAGUUGUAAAGUUCUUUUUCAUUUCAUUGCUUUUAUAUAAAUAAAAGUCUUUGUUAUCUGAAAGCCCAAGGGUAUGAAUUGACAUUCUGACUGUAGAGGUGAAAAUAGAAUAUUUUCUCAAAUUAAGCUUCAUCUUCUGACUGUUAAGGGAGGAAGGGAGUUUUGCUGAAUGUCCAAAAUCAAAGUUAA